AUGAAUGCCGAUAUGCCCAAAUGGAGAUCUGAGGCUGGUAGACAGGUCAGGCCGAACAGGAGGCUCCUCUGGCAGACUGGAGACAAUGGACAAUGGGGGACAGUGUGUGAUGACCUCUUCAGUCCAAAUGAUGCAGUGGUGGCUUGUCGUCAACUAGGGUUCUCAAACUACACUCGAUACGGAACAGUUGGAAGGCUAGGUUUCUCUGAAGCUUCAUCAUUCACUCGAACAUGGCUGGACAAUCUUGGUUGUCGAGGAACUGAGAGCAGACUCGUUAAUUGCCCUGCCCACCCUAUCGGAGUUGAAGAUUGCACCCAUUCAGAAGACGUGGCCUUGUUCUGUGCUGCUAGCACUGCAAGCCCAAAUGGAGACCUGAGGCUGGUAAGCAACUCAGGCCGAACAGGAGGCUCCUCUGGCAGACUGGAGUUCUAUUACAGUAGACAAUGGGGGACAGUGUGUGAUGACCUCUUCAGUCCAGAUGAUGCAGUGGUGGCUUGUCGUCAACUAGGGUUCUCAAACUACACUCAAUAUGGAACAGUUGGAAGGCUAGGUUUCUCUGAAGCUUCAUCAUUCACUCAGACAUGGCUGGACAAGCUUCGUUGUCGAGGAACUGAGAGCAGACUCAUUAAUUGCCCUGCUAACACUAUCGGAGUUGAAGAUUGCACCCAUUCAGAAGACGUGGCCUUGUCCUGUGCUGCAAGCACUGCAAGUCCAAAUGGAGACCUGAGGCUGGUAGACAGGUCAGGCCGAACAGGAGGCUCCUCUGGUAGACUGGAGGUCUAUUACAAUGGACAAUGGGGGACAGUGUGUAAUGACAGCUUUGGUGUAAAUGAUGCAAGAGUGGCUUGUUGUCAACUAGGGUUCUCAACCUACACUCGAUAUGGAAAUGUUGAAACACUAGGAUUCUUCCAAGCUUCAUCAUCCACUCGGACAUGGUUAGACGAGCUUCGUUGUCGAGGAUCUGAGAGCAGACUCAUUAAUUGUCCUGCUAACACUAUUGGAGUUGAAGAUUGCUCCCAUUCACAAGAUGUGGCCUUGGUCUGCACUGGAUCAACUACAUCAGCCCAGGUUUGGAUUUUUCUUGGAGUAGUUUUGGGUACAAUAACUACAGCCUUCAUAAUCAUCAGCGCGACUGUAAUUUUCAACUUCUUAAGACGUCGCCUGCAUCCACCCCCAACGAGGAAUCCACUAGAUCAUACUACGUCGACACAUAAUAAAGCCUACUCCAUGAACCAAAGAUCCUCAAACUCGAAUCAAGCCCCCCCUCAAAAUGUUCAUGGGGCUCAACCAACUGGACAAUACGCCUCCUCCCUAUACCGCACAUCCUACCCUCAGCAACCCCCAGCUCCUUAUUCCCUUGGAGAACUGCCCUCAGCUCCUUAUUCCACUGAAGAACCUCCCUCAGCUCUGUACCCCACUGAAGAACCUCCCUCAGCUCCUUAUUCCACUGAAGAACCUCCCUCAGCUCUGUACCCCACUGAAGAACCUCCCUCAGCUCAGUACCCCACUGAAGAACCACCCCCUGCACUGUAUUUUUCUGGCGGAGAAGCCGCCCCUUCACCAUAUCCGGGCUAAAUAUGGGUAUACUUUGAUGUCUCAUAAUUAUUAUAGCUCAAUUUCUUAGCUCAAUAUUAUCUUUUAUAUACAAUCACAAAACUGCCUAUUAUAAUCCAUACAUGCUUGCAUGGUAUUUGGCCAGAAACUAUCAUUUCCCAAAUAUGAACUUUGAGCUGGGACACUGUUUGUGAUAUAGAUAAUUAUAUAAAAAAAUUAUGUUUUCAGACAAUCAUAAGCUAUAAUUAUAGAUUGGCUAAUUAUUUUUGGACUUAGUGCUUUCACUUUCUAUAGAUACACUUUACAUGAGCCCAGUACCAAUUUAGUACAUGUAUACAAUGUUGGAUCAUGAAUAACAUUAAUAUUGGGAUGCGUCAUCACUAAUAAACCACACACACCAAAAAAAUUAUGAUGCCAGAGGUCAAUAAUACAAUUCAAGGGUCAAAUACAUGAGGGAGUUGUGCACAUUUGAGGCCAGUAACGUAACUUUAUGGUAAAACCUCAAUAAAGGGGACACCUCCGAAUAACAGACAAACCUCCUGACCAACUUGUGAGGUUCCAACUGUACCUUGCUAUGGCCAUGCGCACUGAGGCAUAAUAAAUGGUUGUAAGUAGCUACAAUCGUCAUGUUAGCCGCCACCGUAUACAGUCAGUAGCCUACUAGCAUUAUCUAAGUUAUUUGCAGCAAGACCAAAUUAUAUAGGUCACAGUUUGUUAUUAUAGUAAAGGGUGAAAUUGGGACUAACAAACUGACUGACAACAUGAGUGUGCAUGCAGGGGACUAACCCAACAGGAUACAAACAGGACAUGGAAGAAGAUACUAUAAAGGGUAAUCACACUAUACACACAAGCAUGCCCAAGUACUCUUGAUACAAGUGUAAUAAGGAUAAAGGUUAAUGACCUAACAUCAACACAUCC